AUGAUAAAUGCCGAUUGUUCUGUCGCUUGGACAACACGAUUUUCGCUUAAUCUUGACAAAGAAAGUGAAUUCAAAUUUACGGAGUGUCUCACUCGAAUAUUCAACAAAGGAUUUUUAAUAUAUUAUUAUAGAGAACAUCUCCUAGGAAAUUUGGCGUUGGAUGAAAAACAUUUUUUGAGUGAAGUACAGACAACAACAAAUGUUAUUGCGAGGUACCCAAGAGGUUAUCACUUGUACAAACAUCUUCUGUGGGUCGUCGAUCACUCCAAAUGGUUACAACAUGAAAGUCUUUUGAAAUGGUCUGAAAACGUUGUUUUAACAGACCCAACCGACUACACUGCAUUUUCCUUGCGGAGAUACAUCUUCGAAAAAGGCAGUGGCGUUACUAUAAUGAAUGGUAAUUAUAUCAAUGAAAAUAGAAUUUGUCCUGACCCUCAAUUAAGGCAACUCCAAAUAGAGUUCGUGUGGUGCCUAACUAUUGUACACUGCAUACCAGGAAAGGAGGCUGUUUGGUUGUAUACAUUUUGCGUUGCUUCACUUCUUGAUGUUAUUAAUCAAAAACGAAGCGGGCUUUUCGACUUCAAAAAGUACUUCGACUCGAUGUACGAAAAACACCACAAACUGACGGUUUCUAGGACAAUCACUGGAGAAUUGUAUUACAGCGAAAUCCCUUUUAGUGCAAUCGAAACUUUGACACAAUUUAUCAGAGAAGAAUUGCAUAACCAAACCAACGAAAUUCCCGCACGUAUGGUUGUGAAAAGACUCCACAUAAAUUGA